AUGGGAGACUCAUCAGUUGUCGGGUCCAGAUCAAACGAUGGCGGAUUCCCAGAUACUUCACAAGUUCUAAGACAAGAUGCUGCGCAGAAUCCAGGAACGGAGUCUCAACAGGAUAGCUCAAGGAAAGCUUCGAACAGACCCUCGCAGUUGACCAGCACUCCAUCGAACUAUGCCCCGAACUUGGCAUAUUCUCAACAUCCCAUGUCGCAUGCAACGCCGGAAUCUUUCAACAUGACAACACUUAGUGUUACGCUUCCAGAUAUGUCUUACCAGAACUAUGGCCAACGAUUUCCACAAAGCCCCGGCGCUCCACUACCUUUUAUGUAUCAGACGCAGUUCGCAAAUCAAGGCAUCUUAAGUCCUCCGCCCACCGCUUCAUCAUAUAGUACCCCAUACCAGACGCAAUAUGGAGGUUAUGCGUCCAAUCAGCAAAUGCACCAACAGCACAUGCAUAUGGCAGCCACCAACCAUCAGUUCUAUGUCGGUCAAGGAUAUAUGGGACAACCGCAUCAACAACCGCAACAAUACCAAGCAGGGUCGCAAUAUUACAUACAGCCUGGUAGCUAUGGACAGCAAGGCCAGAUUUAUACAGGAAAUCAAAUGGGAGUGCAACAUCCACAGCGCGGUAGUUUCUCUGGGGAAAAUAGACCUAUGUCACAACACCGUAAUGAUUUAUUCGUUAAUGUGACGGGUCAGGUCGGGAAGUCGAAUAGCGUCGUCCAACACAAUCAUCCGUCGUCAGAGGACCUCCACGAAAGCCCCGUCAAAGUGUGGAUCGGCAAUUUGCCACCCCAGACAGAUCUCAUGAGCCUCGUCCUUCACGUUUGCAAAGAGACUGUUGGCCUUGAGUCACUAUUUUUGAUAUCCAAGAGCAAUUGCGCUUUUGCAAAUUUCAAGGAUGAGGCUGCAUGUGUCGCGGCGCAACUCAAGAUUCAUGAUUCGAGAUUUCAAACCGUACGACUGGUCAGUCGUUUACGGAAAGCAUCCGUUGGGACUGUCGGAGGUGUUUCUGUUCCAACAGGCCCAGCAGCUUUGACACUUCCACAGUCAUCACCAAUCCCAUCGAUUGAUUCGGAAAAUGAAAAGGUUUCAAAAGCAGCCGAUGAAAAGGCACAGGACCCAGACAGGGAUUCUCCACCUCUCACAAAGGAUAAAUUCUUCGUGGUCAAAAGUCUUACGGUUGAGGAUCUAGAACUAAGCGUACGAAAUGGGAUUUGGGCAACUCAGACACACAACGAAGAAGCUUUGAAUAAGGCAUACCAGGCAGCAGAUAAUGUCUAUCUCAUAUUUUCAGCGAAUAAAUCAGGCGAAUAUUUUGGGUACGCACGCAUGAUCUCACCCAUCAACGAGGACCCAGCAGCAGCCAUUGAAUUUGCGCCCAAGGCCCAGGCGAUCGAGGAUCCCGAUCUUCCCAAAGCAAUCUCAACGCCAGCAUCUGAAUUUGCACCCAAAGGACGCAUUAUCGAUGAUUCAGCUCGCGGAACAAUUUUCUGGGAAGUCGAGCACGACGAUUCUGAAGACGUAGAGGAAGAUGAUAGAUCCCAAAGUGGCAAGAGCGAUGUGGAAGGCGAUGCGCCGUCAAAGGCCUGGGGUAAACCCUUCAAGCUUGAAUGGAUAUCGACGACUCGAUUGCCGUUCUAUCGUACACGCGGGCUUCGUAACCCGUGGAAUUCAAAUCGCGAAGUGAAGAUCGCGAGGGAUGGGACUGAGUUGGAAACGAGUAUUGGAAAGAGAUUGGUGGGGCUUUUUCAUAGGGUUCCAAGUCCUGUUGUGCCCAGUUUGCCUCAGAUGCAGGGAAUGCCAAUGCCGAUGCCGGUGCCCGUUCAAAUGAUGCCUCCGGGUGGGUAUCAACAGAUGCGUUCUUAUAAUUAA